AUGCCUCGGCAAGGAGCGUUCUCCGUGGUGGCGCGCGUGUCAAACGCGCAUGCGGAGCAGAACGGCGAGCAGCGGCAGGAAUCGAACCAGCGGACGCCACUGGUGGUGCGGAUGACGGCGGGGCUCAAGCACACCUACUCCGCCUGCAACGACGCCUCGCGCGCACACAUCGCCGCCCACCAUCCCUCCUCAAACCCCGCGCCCGCCGUUCCUGACCAACCCGCGGCUCGCGAGUAUGGCUCGCCGGAGGGCGGAGCAGGUGACGGCGAGCGGGCGGCGCGCGUGGUGCUGACGAAGCCGUCGGAGGCGGCGGGGAACGAGGGGUGGGACAACGCCAACUCCGACCUCAUCCUCUCCACGGGCCUCGUGCUGCACGGCGAUCCCGGCACCCCCAGCUACGUGGUGCGGGACGUGUUGGGGCAGGGCACGUUCGGGCAGGUGGUGAAGUGCGAGUGCGGGGAGACGGGCGAGGUGGUGGCGGUGAAGGUCAUCAAGAAUCAGCCCGCCUACUACCACCAGGCGCUCGUCGAGAUCAGCAUCCUCCGCCUCUUGAACGGGUCGUUUGACCCGCAGGACGAGCACCACAUAGUGCGACUGGUGGACCACUUCGUGUGCCACAGCCACCUCUGCAUCGUCUUCGAACUCCUCACCUACAACCUCUUCGAGCUCAUCCGCCAGAACCAGUUCCGCGGCCUCUCUCUCAAGCUCGUGCGCCUCUUCACCAAACAGGUGCGCCUCUUCACCAAACAGGUGCGCCUCUUCACCAAGCAGGUGCGCCUCUUCACCAAGCAGCUGCUGGUGGCGCUGACGGUGUUGGAGGAUGCGCGCGUCAUACACUGCGACCUCAAGCCCGAAAACAUCCUCCUCAAAAGCUUGGGCGGCGAGAUCAAGCUCAUCGACUUUGGCUCUGCCUGCACUGAGAAUCGAACUGUGUACUCUUACAUCCAGAGUCGGUUCUACCGGUCGCCGGAGGUGGUGUUGGGGCACGCGUACGGCACGGCCAUUGAUCUGUGGUCGCUGGGCUGUGUGGCGGCGGAGCUCUUCCUCGGCCUGCCGCUCUUCCCUGGCGCCUCCGAGUUUGACAUGCUGCACCGCAUGGUCGAAACCAUGGGGUCCGUCACCACUCUGCACACACUGACUCCUUCUGCUGUCCCUGCUGCCUUCAACCAUGCUCCUCUGCAUGAAACGUCCUCUAUAUUUAUUGAUCCCUACUUUCUUUUCCCGAUAGUAGUAUUCCACGCUCUCAUUUCUUCCCCUCCCGCGUUUCUUCACCUUUCCUGCUCCCUCGCUGUGCCAUGCAGCUGCCAGCCGCCCGAUGCCAUGUUGAGGCGUGCCAAGCACACGGCCAAGUACUUUGUGCGCACAGCAGACGCGGGGGGUGGGGGGGAGGAUGGGCGCGGUUCAGCGUACCGCCUGAAGACGGUGGAGGAGGUGGUGGCGGGGGGGGAGGCGCGCCCGGCGCUGGGGAAGAGGUACUUUCGGCAGACGGCACUCAGCGACCUCGUGCUGGGCUAUGCGCUGCGCCGCGGGGAAGGGGCGGAGGAGGCGCGGCAGGAGCGGGCAAGCCGAGUGGCGUUUGUGGACUUUCUCUCGGGCCUGCUCCACAUGGACCCCGCCCAGCGCUGGACCGCCCGCCAGGCGGCACAGCACCCAUUUAUCACGGACGAGCCAUGGAUGGGGCCCUUCCAGCCACAGCGCCAGGUGAGCUCACCUCUGCCUUCCGCACCUCACUCCUCCCGCUGCUCUGCAAUCGCUCUGCUUGACUGCGUCAUGCAACUCACUCCCGUGGUCAACACGUGCAUCCCCCCAUGCGUCUCAUCCCCGCUUCAACCCGCCCCGCAGCAGCAGCAGGUGGACGCCACCGAGGCCGCUCAGCUGCAGCCGCUGCACAGGGAGGGUGCCUCGCGCCUCGCGCAGCAGCAGCAGCAGCAUGCGCGUGUGCUGCAGCACAGGCAGUCGCUAGGAGCUCAGGAAGCAGGGCGGGGAGGGGCGUUGGAGGGGGGCAUAAUGGCAGGCAGCCUGGGCGGGGCAGCGGGCGUGGGAGCAGCACUGCCGCCCGCCAUGGCUCUGUCUGGACCUGCUCCUGCUGCCAUGCCCGCCGCCCUUGCUCCUGCUGCUCUGGCCAUGGGUGCAGGCAUGGGGCCAGGCAUGGGAGCAGCAGGCAUGGGCGAAGGCGGAUAUGCGAGCAUGGGGGGGUAUGGCGUGCCCCUCGGGCUGCCCCACAACUACGGCCCUCUGGGCGCCAGUGUGGGCUCCUACGGCAGCCUUGGCAGCCUUGGCAACAGCUUUGGCGCCAUGGGGGGUUUGGGAGGCAUGGGGAGUGUGGGGGGCAUGGGGGGCGUGGCGGGCAUGGGAGGGAUGGGAGGGAUGGGGGGCGUGGGGAGUCUGGGAGGGGUGGGCAGUCUGACAGACCCCACAGGCUCCUACAUGGCGUAUGCUGCGCACCUUGCUGCGGCAGGGCAGGGGGCGGACUUGGGGUCAGGGUCGUUUGGAGCAGCGGCAGGAGCAGCAGGUGCGGGAGGUGGUGGAGGGCUGGGGUUAGGAUUAGGGUUAGGGUUUGGGCAGAGCCCGGACACACGGCAGCUGCUGCCUGCGCUGGCCAGCAUGAAUCAAGCAGCGCAGCAGUGGCAGAUGGGCCAGCUGGGGCAGGCCGGGCUGGCGAAUCAGGCAGGUCAGGUGAAUCAGCUGAGUCAAGCAAGUCAAUCGAGUCUCAUGAGUCAGAUGCCGUCCAGCCCUCUGGGUCCCGGGAGGGGCUCGUUGCAGCAGUACCAGCAGCAGCACCUGCAGCAGCAGUUUCAGCAGCAGUUUCAACUGCAAUUGCAGCAGCAGCAGCAGCAGCAGCAGCAGCAGCAGCAGCAGCAGCAGCAGCAGCAGCAGUAUCAACAGCUGCAGAGGCUGCAUCAACAGCAGCAGAUGCAGCAGAUGCAGCACCAGCAGCAGCACCAGCAGCACCAGCAGCACCAGCAGCAGCAGCACCAGCAGCACCAGCAGCAGCACCAGCAGCACCAGCAGCACCAGCAGCAGUCAUCGCAGCAAAAGCGGUCGUCCCUGCAUGAGCAGCUGCAGAGUUCUCACUCCCUGCAGCCCUCGUCUGCAUCCCUGCUCUCCGCCCAGUUUCGUUCACAACAGGUGGCAGACGGCAGCACAGGCAUGGGCAUUGGCACGGGAGUGGGAAUGGGCAUGAGCAUGAGCAUCCCCGCAGCUGCCACCCUUGCAGCCCCCGGCGCCGUAUCUGCUGGCGGCAGGCAGCAGGAGAGGCGGGGCAGUGGUGGGGGGGUGUGGCAGGGCAUGGGGAAUGAGGGUGCGUAUGUGCCCUUGGGGCAAAGCCCUGGCGGGCCUUUCCUGGACGGGGCAGGGCGAGGGGGAGGGGGGUACUGGGGGGGGAGGGAGGGCGAAGUGGCAGUGAGCAGCAACUCGCUGCUGGGAGCCAGUCCGUUGCAGUUCACCCCUCCCUCCCACUCGCGCCACUUCCCAUCCUCCCACUCGCACCAGCACCAACUCCAACAGCAGCAGGGUGGGCGGCAGGGACACCUGCAAGUGCGUGUGAGUGAGCCCACAACGCCCUCCUCCCCCACCACCUCCUCGCCUCACUUCUCCCCGUCCUCGCUCCACCCUGACUUCUCCUCCCCGCUGGCCCGAGGGUCAGUGGGGCAGGCGUCCUCUCUGGGCCCCAGCGGCAGCACCCACCCUACCAGCCACAAUCCGGGCGCAGGGCUGCCCUCCCCCGCUGCUAGAGGGCUGGCGGGUGCAGGGGCAGGGGGGAUGGGGUUGAGUGUUGGCAGGGGCGGAGCGGAAGGGGGGAUUGCACUGGAGAAGGCGGCUGUGAUGGGACAGUUCCAGAGGCGGCAGAGUGAGGUGAUGCGGUUGAUGGCCAUCAUGCAGCAGCAACAGGAGCAGGAACAACUGCAACUGCAACAGCACCUGCAGCUGCAGCAGCAGCAGCAGCAACAGCACCAGCACCAGCAGCAGCAGCAGCAGCAGCAGCAGCAGCAGCAGCAGCAGCAGCAGCAGCAGCAGCAGCAGCAGCAGCAGCAGCAGCAGCAACAGCAACAGCAACAGCAGCAGCAGCAGCAGCAACAACAACAACAGCAGCAACAGCAACAGCAAUUGGAGCAGCAACAGCAGCAACAACAGCAGCAGCAGCAACUGCAGCUACAACAAGAAACGGAAGAGUUGAAGCAGAGACAGGUGCAGCAGGAGCAGCGUAAGGGGCAGCGGGGAGGGAUGGCAAGGGUGGAGCACGGGGCAAGAGAGGCCGCGAGUGAAGGUGCUGGCGACAGCAGGAGCGGCAAGGGGGGUGGGCACGCAGCAUUGAUAGGAGCCAGGAGAGCGGGCGCACAGCAACAGGUGCGGCGAGUGAUGCACACGAGGGGAGAAGGGGCGAAGGGGAGGGAGGGGGAGGAGGAGCGGGGUGGGAGAGGGGAAAGAGCAGUUCAGCAGGCGAGGGGGAUGGGCCUGCGGAGUGGGACCCGUACUUCUGUGAGAGGCAGUGGGCAUGGCAGUGGACCCAGCUCUAUGGAGGGAAACACUCACGUGGGCUCGCAUGGGUAUGUGGGCUCGCAUGGGCAUGUGGGGUCACACGGGCAUGGGGGGCACACCAUUGCCCCCCCUGCUGCCUGGAGCCCUCUCAACGCUGUCUACAUGCAACCUGCACCCACCACGGAUGCUGCUGUUCCUGCCGCUGCGGCAGUGGGUGUGUUGUCAGCUGCUGCUGCGCAUGGAGGGCAUGGCGGGGCGGCAGCUGGGCGGGGCAGUGGCGGGUCGCUGGGAGCUAUGGACUGCUCGCCUCUUGCUGCUGCUGGCGCCUUGAUGUGGUCUCGCCCCUCUGCCAUGGCCAGUGGCUCGUCCGCCCCACACCACUACCGCGCUGUCACUGACCACCCACACGCCCCGCUCGCCCUGCCACACCACACCGCUGCCGCUGCUGCUGCUGGCGGUGCAGGCGCUACACACAGUGAGCGAUGGCGAGGAGGGGAGGAUGAGGGGGAUAGCAGCGCAGAGGGAUUGGCGGGAAUAGAUGGAGAGGUGGAGAGCGGUGCGGAGCCCAUGGGCAUAUCUCCGGUGCAGGCAGGGCAGCUGGGCCACUGGUCUGCCGCUGCUGCCGCCGCUGCUGCUGCUGCCGUGGCAGGCCAGCAGGGGGGAGGCGGGUGGGGUGGUGGCAGGGCAGGGGGGGCUGCAGCAGGGGUGGGGGCAGGAGGGGGAGCACCAGAGACGGGGGUGGGGGGAGGGGUGGGGAGAGGGGUGACCAGUGGGAUGGGAGUGGUGGGGGCGGUGGGGGUGAGUGUGGGGAUGGGGAGGGGGUAUGGGGGAGGGAGGGGGAAUGCCAGAGAGGGGGGCCGUCAGGGCAGAGGCAUGGGAGGAGGCAUGGGGUUGGCAGAGGUGGCAUGGCUUGGGUAG